AUUUUCUCAUCGCCCGAGAAAAGGAAAACCAAGACAUUGAAACAACAUAUUUGUCCCUUUUUCUUGUAAUAAUUUCAAUAAAUUUUCUUUCUUCUGUUCAAUGGAUGUCAUAUGCUGUGCAUACUCUUACUCUUCAUGUAAGGGAACAUCAACAUCGGAUUCUUUCCCGCUUUCAGUUGAACAUGUCUUCUCUUUCUCUCACUAGAUCUUUCAGAUGUGAUUUCGCAUUCAAAAGCCUGAAACCUUCCCAUUCUAUAUAUGCACACACGUACAUAUGUAUAUGUUGCUUCCCCUCUGUAAAUUUCGAGCAGAGAUUGUGAUGAUGAGAAUCAGAUUUAGCUUUGCAAUCAGAAUCUGAUCAUUAGGGUUUCAUGCUUCCAAUUUGUAGGCAUCAUCUAUGGCUACAUUUGGCAGAGAUCUGUCGUUUCUCCAAUAUCGCUGCUCCUGAAUCCCUUUGUAUAUGUAUGCACGCCAGACUCUGAAAUGGAGGCGUGUUCUCCCCCAAAAUCUAGGGUUUCUGAUUUAAUCCUCUAGUUCUUGUCAAAAUCCCUCCUCAUGGUUUUCUUUUAACACUCCAAGACUCAUUUUUUUUUUUCUAUUUCAAUUAUAGUAUUUGUUUGUUUUGUUCAUAGUCUUAUCAAAUUUGACAAUGAUUAAGCAAAUCUUGAGUAGACUUCCCCGGAAAUCCUUGAAGAACGACUCUUCCGAGUCGGUCCGGCAAGACUCAGCGUCGCCAAACUCCGGCUCCCGAUCCAGUGGUGCUCCUGGCCCAGUGACUUCGGGCUCCAUAUCCAAUGGCCCUAAACGCACUUCCUCAGCCGUGUUCCCAGCGAGUGUAGUGGCGGGGAUAGAGCCCCUUGUGCCCUUUAAGGACGUGCCCAGCGCUGAGAGAAUGAACCUCUUUGUAAGUAAAGUGAGUCUAUGUUGUGUAACAUUCGAUUUCACUGAACCAACCAAGAACUCUAUUGAAAAAGACGUUAAAAAGCACACCUUGCUUGAACUUGUGGACUUUGUGUCUCCUGGGUCAAUGAGGUUCAGUGAGCCUGCGAUUUUGGCAAUGUGUAGGAUGUGUGCUGUUAAUCUUUUUAGGGUUUUCCCACCAAAUUGCCGGUCCCAUACGGGUGGAAAUGGCGGUGAAAAUGAUGAUGAACUGCCAGUGUUUGAUCCUGCUUGGCCACACUUACAAAUUGUGUAUGAUUUACUGCUUAAAUUUAUCACUUCUUCAUGUUUAGAUGCAAAGGUGGCAAAAAAGUAUAUAGACCAUUCAUUUAUAUUGAGGUUGCUUGACUUGUUUGAUUCAGAGGAUCCUAGGGAGAGGGACUGUUUGAAGACUAUUUUGCACAGGGCUUAUGGAAAAUUUAUGGUGCAUAGGCCAUUUAUUCGAAAAUCUACGAGCAAUGUAUUUUAUAGGUUUGCAUUUGAGACGGAGAGACACAAUGGAAUUGCAGAGUUAUUGGAGAUCUAUGGGAGUAUAAUAAGUGGGUUUGCUGUCCCUUUGAAGGAAGAGCAUAAAAUUUUCUUGUGGAGGGUUUUGAUACCCCUGCACAAGCCAAAGUCACUGGGCGUUUAUUUCCAACAGCUGUCCUAUUGUGUUACACAGUUCAUAGAAAAGGAGCCGAAGCUGGCGAGUACAGUGAUAAAAGGAUUGUUGAAAUUCUGGCCAAUAACGAAUAGCCAGAAGGAGGUGAUGUUUCUGGCUGAGAUUGAAGAGAUUUUGGAAUCCAUUAACAUGGUUGAAUUUCAAAAGAUCAUGGCCCCAUUGUUUUGGCGGCUUGGGUGCUGCAUUAAUAGUUUUCAUUUCCAGGACUGGUUGGUCUCGUUUCCGGCACCAAGACUCCUGCAUGCAAGAGAAAUAUCUUUUGCCCUGCCUCAUGUAAAGCCACCAGAAUGAAGGUUUGCCACUUUGGUGAAUAAAGCGUUGGAGUUUGGAUGCCCAUUCUACCUAAAUCCUUGGAAAAUCACUAACUCAUAUCCCCUUUCUACUGGGUCUAAAAUCUUUUCCUUGGAGUAUCAUCUAAUGCACUAAUGGUUUUAGCAAUUUCUAUGUGCAUGAUGAUGAUGUUUGAUGGGGGGAGCAUCAAUCCUAGAGAGUGCUGUCAUAUUUUCUCAAAUUGAUGGAAUCAAAAUAUAGGGUAUUUGGAGCUCCAUCUGUCAUCUCAUAUGAUUAGCCAAAACUCUAUCCCCCUUAUUGUUUUAUACUUUUAUGUCCGGCUUCAAGCUUGCUUAAUCUAUAUGAUACCUUUGUUCACACUUUUUGGGUUAUAGAUCCGUAAAUUUGUUUCUUUAUGGUCUGGGUAUUGGAGUCUCUAAAUUUGGGUCUAGGUGUUAUAUUUAUGUGCUUUUUUUUUUCUUUCUUUUUGCCUCCCACUCAACGCUGUUCCUGUGAGAAUUGGUAUUGAUCUUCAUUCAUUUCCCAUGGGAAUCUUCCCCUGAGUUAGUUAGUAUUGUAUUAUUUUGGUUUAAGUACUACGGUGUUGAUAUAUCAUCACUUGGAUAGCAAUUCAUACCCUCCUUACUGUUUAUUAGAAGAACCUUUGGCAAACAGUCAAUACCUGUAUUGAACUUGGGAAUAACGCUCCGGUACCUGUUGGGAAAAGAUUUGAGUAGUAUUUUG